AUGUGCAGCUGCUGGUCCUCUGUUGGGAAGACAAGGGGCAGACAGACGGUGAGGCUCGAACAAACCAAAUGCAUGAGAUAUGGCCUUAUCCAACAUGAAAUUAUGCAUGCGUUGGGUUUCUUCCACGAACACAACAGAUUUGACAGAGAUAGUUACGUGAAAAUCAACUGGCAGUACAUCUCACCAGAAGAUGAAGAUCAAUUUCAGAAGGACGAAGGAAGCACUUUCAGUAUUUCUUAUGACUAUACUUCAGUGAUGCAUUACAGCAGUAAAACAUUUGUUAAUACAUCAAAGCAGGUGUCAAUCAUACCAAUACCAAAUACCAAUGUUCCCAUUGGACAGAGAACGGGACUCAGCAGCCUGGAUGUGAAGAGGAUAAACCUGCUCUAUAACUGCAGUAAGUUUCUUCUAACUUGUGACCACAAUGUAAGCUAUACUCUUGUAGCACUUACCCCAGAAGAGGCUGCUGAAAACAGACAGGUUCUCCCUAAAUAUUACAGAGGCCACCAGUCACUCAAGCACACCGACAAUUAG